AUGACGCAAGUCGUUCCCAAUGGCUUCCUCUUCGUCUGCUACACGCUCGUCGGCGUCUGCACCGGCGCGGCAGCCACAACCGCCAUGUUCAUCCACAACCGGCCCCCCCCGCCGGGCAUCGAAAUCGACACCCCCCCACCCCCCGGCGCCGCACCACCCGGCUUCGGCGCGCGCCUACCCCCCCCCAAAGCCAUCGCAACCUCCCCCUUAGCCAGCAACCCCGGGCCCACCCCGUCCUCCCUCCCCCCGCCCAACCCCGCCAGCCCCGUCAACCCAGCCGGGCUCUUCGAAUACGGCUUCCCCGGCCCCGUAGCCGACCUCGCCGCCCGCCAAGCCCUGAUCUCCUCCUUCGACCGACGCACCCGCAACCCCCACUGGGUCGCCGAACACAUCACGCCCGCCUCGCUCGCCCAACGCGACGGCGACCGCAAGAACUCCACUUUCCUCGAAGACGCUUCCAUCCCGGAAAAGUUCCAGGCCAAGCUCAAGGACUAUUUCCGCUCUGGGUACGAUCGCGGCCACCAGGUGCCCGCCGCCGACUGCAAGUGGUCGCAGAAGGCGAUGGACGAGACGUUCUACCUGUCGAAUAUGUGUCCCCAGGUGGGCGACGGGUUCAACCGGGACUACUGGGCGCACUUUGAAGAUUUCUGUCGACGCCUGACCGUGCGGUACCCGAGUGUUCGCGUGGUCACAGGCCCGCUGUAUCUCCCCAAGAAGGACCCGGCGGAUAACAAGUGGUAUGUGAAAUACGAAGUCAUCGGGUCCCCGCCGAACGUGGCGGUACCGACGCAUUUCUACAAGGUGAUUUAUGCGGAGGAGCGGGAGGGGGAUCCCAAGGGGAAGGUGGCGUUGGGAGCGUUUGUGCUGCCGAAUGCGGUGAUUCCGAAUGAUAAGCCGUUGUCGGAUUUUGAGGUGCCGUUGGAUGCGGUGGAGAGGGCGAGCGGGUUGGAGUUUGCGAAUAAGUUGCCGGUGACGAGACGGAAGAGGCUGUGUGCGGAGAUGAGCUGUGCGAUGGUUAUUAAGGAUUAUGCGGAGAGGCAGAAGGCGUUUGCUAAGAAGUAG